GUCCUCGACGUCGAGGCGCUCGAGUGGAAACUGCUCAAGAGCCUGCGGUCCUGCGUCUUAGAGUACGGCAUGAUCGAGGACGGCGCCAAGGUCCUCGUGGCGUGCAGCGGCGGCAAGGACAGCAACGCGCUCCUCUACCUGCUCAAGCAAGCGCAGCAACGCCGGCUCUUCCGCGGCAUCGAUUUCGACGUCGUCGCCGUCCAUCUCGAUCAAAAGCAGCCCGGCCACGACGUCGAGCCGCUGCGCGCGUGGCUCGAGGACGACGUCGGCGUCGACUUCCAGGUCAUCGAGGAGGACACGUACAGCGUCGUCGUGGACAAGACGAAGGCGGGCAAGUCCUACUGCUCGCUGUGCUCGCGCCUGCGGCGGGGCAUCCUCUACACGCACGCGGAGCGGCGCGGCGCGGGCGUCUUGGCGCUCGGCCACCACCGGGACGACGCGCUCGAGACGCUCCUUCUCAACAUGGUGCACAACGGCCAGCUCAAGUCCAUGCCGGCGCGCUACGUCGCCUCAAGGGGGGUCGACGUCGUGCGGCCGCUCAUGUACGCCGCCGAAGCCGACCUUCUCGCGUACGCGGACGCCAUGGCAUUCCCGAUCCUGCCCUGCAACCUCUGCGGCAGCCAGCCGUCGGGGACGUCGCAGCGCGGCGAGGCGAAGCUGCUCCUCCACGCCCUGGACGCGUUCGCCGGCGCCGACGACGCGCGGCGGAACAUGCUCCGCGCGCUCUCGGACGUGCGUCCGAGCCACCUGCACGACCGCGCGCUCCGCGAGGCCGCCGGCCUC